CCGCCGGGGCUGAGGAAGCGGAGGGAGCCGUGGAGUUGCUCUGCAUAUUAAUGAGGCGGCAGCGAGGGCAGCGGGAGCCGCUUUAAAGGAGGAGAAGGGAAGGCAGCGGCAGAGCGCAGGCAGCGCCGGGCAGCGGCUCCGCUGUCCCCUCGCCGGUGACACAGCCCCGGGACAGCGGGAUCGGGGGCACGAACCCCAAGCGAGAAUUCACAUCAACCCUCCCGGCGUCUCCUGGGGUACCUGCUGUCUCACCAUGAAGCUCCUGACAGCAGCUCUGCUUCUGCUCUUCAUCGCCAUGUGUUUGGCCAGCGCAGAAGGCGUGAAGUGCAAAUGCUCCAGGAAAGGUCCCAAAAUAAGAUUCUCUAACGUACGGAAGCUGGAAGUGAAACCGAGGUACCCGUUUUGCGUGGAGGAGAUGAUUAUUGUGACACUGUGGACCAAGGUGAGGGGGGAGCAGCAGCACUGCCUGAACCCCAAACGCCAGAACACAGUGAGGCUGCUCAAGUGGUACCGAGUGUGGAAAGAGAAGGGCAGGGUUUAUGAAGAAUAAGAGCGAGGGGUGUGAGGACUGGAGCGGGUUCCCUUGGCUGGCGUAGGACCAGGCUCUACAGAAGAUUAUUUCUCUCUCACAGACAUAAGACACAAAUUCUGUAUUACUAUAAAGCACUUUUUACCAAGGGUCAGUUUUUACAUUUUAUAGCCACGUGCAAAAGGCUUCCAGAUUCCACGGGCACCUGUUGCGCCUCUGACUCCACACCCGUCUGCUCCGUACCGAAAUUGGGAAAAACACGCGCUUUUCGUUCUAAGGAGGUUGGUUUGGGAUUUUUAAUUUUUUUUUUUAUUAUUAUUAUUCUUCAUUCAUACUGCACUAUGAUUGCAAUCGAGCUUUAUAAGCUCACCAGGCAAGCAGCAAGGUUUGUGACGGUGUCACACAGCCAUUCUCUCCGCCCUCCGGCAGCGGGAAAGCUUCGGUGCCGGGUUUGGGGGGCCUGUUUGCAGCCUCCACCUCAGUCAGGCAGAGCAGGGACCAAAGAUGAGUUUGCUGGGGCAGAUGCCACUGGAACGUGGCUGUGCCUGCAGAAUGAGGUCCCUCAGCACCUCCUCGAGUGAGUGUGAGAUCACUCCUGUACCUCUUCCCCAAAGGACUCGAGGUCUCGCUGCAAGGCGAAGCGUCCCCUGCCUCCCCUUUAACCUCUCAUGCAUUAGAAAGCAUUUCUAGGUUGUUUUUAUUACUAAGACAAUAAAAGUUUGUUUGGUUUGGG